GGGGCAUCCGGACGGCAGGAAGCGUCGUUUCCGCUGCGGUGUCGAGCGGAGCCGGAGCCGGAGUCUGGACCUGGGCCGCCGCGCGAACUCCAGAAACCAUGCAGCUCUCCUGGCUUUUGGCCGCUGUCCUGUUUGCUGCCGUGGCAUCUGUGCCCAUCGACCGGCCCAAGGCGGAGAAGAAGGCAGAAGAGACACCCCCGGAACCACCGGACACGGGGCUGUAUUACCAUCGCUACCUGCAGGAGGUGAUCAACGUGCUGGAGACAGACAGCCACUUCCGGGAGAAGCUGCAGGCGGCCAACGCCGAAGACAUCAAGAGCGGGAAGCUGAGUAAGGAGCUGGACUUCGUGAGCCAUCACGUCCGCACCAAGCUGGACGAGCUGAAGCGCCAGGAGGUCUCCCGGCUCCGCAUGCUGCUCAAGGCCAAGAUGGAUGCAACCAUGGAGCAGAACGUGCAGAUCGAUCAUCUGGGGCUGCUGAAGCAGUUUGAGCACCUGGACCCCCAGAACCAGCACACGUUCGAGGCCCGCGACCUGGAGCUGCUCAUCCAGGCGGCCACCAAGGACCUGGAGAACUACGACGCGGCCCAUCACGAGGAGUUCAAACGAUACGAGAUGCUGAAGGAACACGAACGGCGCGAAUACCUCAAGUCCCUGGACGAAGAGAAACGGCGGGCAGAGGAGGCCCGGUUCCAGGAGCUGCGCCAGAAGCACAAGGAGCACCCCAAAAUCAAUGUCCCGGGCAGCCGAGAUCAGCUCAAGGAAGUCUGGGAGGAGACAGACGGGCUGGACCCCAGCGAGUUCAAUCCUAAAACGUUCUUCAAACUGCACGACACGAACAGCGAUGGGGUUCUCGACGAACAAGAAUUGGAAGCACUUUUCACCAAGGAGCUGGAGAAGGUCUAUGACCCCCGGAACGAGGAGGACGACAUGCUGGAGAUGGAGGAGGAGCGUCUGCGUAUGCGGGAGCACGUCAUGAAGAACGUGGAUUUGAACCAGGACCGGCUGGUGACGCUGGAGGAAUUCCUGAAGUCCACCGAGAAGAAGGAAUUUAACGAGGCUGGAGGCUGGGAGACGGUGGAUGAGACGCAGGUGUACUCGGAGGCGGAGCUGCAGCAGUUUGAGGCGGAGCUAGCGGCCCAGGAGGCGGAGCUUGGCCGGCGGGCGGAGCAGCUGCGGCGCCAGCACCAGGAUCUGCAGGAGCAGCAGGUCCGGCUGGAUGCCCAGAAGAAAGAGUACCAGCAGGCUGUGCUGCACAUGGAGCAGAGGAAAACCCAGCAGGGGGAGGCACCGGUGGAGGAGCUGAAAUUCCAGGCCCUGGCCCCGCACGCCGCCCCGGCAGAUCCGGCCGUGCCAGCAGCCCCAGGCCAUGCCCUUGAACAGAACCAUGUGGAACCUCCCCAGAACCAGCAGCAGCCGUCGCCACCACAGCCCAAAGUGCAGGUCCAGUGAAACUCUGUGUGAGCUGGAGAUGGGUGGGGCCUCUUGAUGGCCCCGCCCCUCCUUCUCCUGGGCCCUGCCCCUCUUCCUUCCUGACUGGCGCAGGGCUGGGGUCCUAGUAUAACAUCCAGACCAGGGGCUGUGCUGUCCGCAGUCCCCUUUUUGGCCAUUGGGGGGCGACAUUGAGUCUUGUCUGUUUUUUGGAUUGGGGCGUCGGUUGGAGCUGGGGGCCUCCUGCCCCACAGUGCUGCAUUGUGUUUCCCGGCUUCCCCACUUUCUCAGGGGUGG